UUGAGCUGUAGUAGUGAUGCACGCCUCCUUAUCAUUACCAACACUGACACGACUGGAGACGUGGGCAGCUGGCUCACUGUCAGUUUAAGGUCUUGAUGUGAAACUACGAAUGGAAACGAGUGGCUGCAGUUUGACCAGAAAUGUCAAGCAGGUAAAAACUGCUUUUAUAUACACGCUGUUAUGAGCGACAAGACCGAGAUAAGAGGGCCUGUAACCCGCCGGAGGAGGACGACCAUCUCCGGAGGCGGCGGGGGAGCUGUCGGCGUGAAACAAGCAAACGGGAGUAAGCGAGAAGAUGCCGGGGAGAAACCCCCACCGUAUCCCGCUAAAGCUAAAACACAAGAGGUGUCAAGUCAUGCAAGUAAUAACGGGAAGGUGGGCAAAGAGAAGGGGCAGCUCACUGACAGCCCGAGGAAACAGAAGAGUGUGGUGGAAGAUAUCAACCAGAGACUCAGCUGCCAUGUCCUCCAAGAGUCUCUCCUGAGCUCAGCCAGCGGCUACAGCAACUACAGAGGAAUCCUCAACUGGUGUGUUGUCAUGCUGGUGCUGAGUAAUGCACGCCUCUUCCUGGAGAACAUAAUAAAGUAUGGUAUCUUGGUAGAUCCUAUCCAAGUGGUGUCUCUCUUCUUGAAGGACCCCUAUAGCUGGCCGUCAGCUUGCAUCAUCAUUGUGUCUAACGUGUUCAUCCUAGCAGCCUUGUACACAGAGAGACGCCUGGCUGUGGGCACCAUUUCUGAAUCGACAGGGCUGAUUCUUCAUGUGUUUACCCUGACGUCCCUGUUGGUCUUUCCUUCAGCUUGUGUACUCACUGUGGAUUCAAUAACUCCAGUGGGUGGUGUGCUUUCCCUAGGAGUCUACACAGUGUUGUUACUCAAGCUGUACUCCUACCAAGACACCAACAGGUGGUGUCGAGAAAUCAGGCACACAAAAGCCAAGAGACUAACACGCUCAUACUCAUGUCCGAAUGUGGCCCAAUCCAAUGGAUCAGCUGUUCAUUGUCAUGUCUCCUACCCCGGCAACCUGACACACAGAGACAUGUACUACUUUGUCUUCGCCCCAACUCUCUGCUACCAGCUGAAUUUCCCACGGUCACCCCGAAUACGUAAAGGGUUUUUGAUACGAAGGCUUUUUGAAAUGCUUUUCUUCAUGCAGCUGUUGGUGGGGUUGAUACAACAGUGGAUGGUACCAACCAUUCAAAACUCAAUGAAACCAUUCCAGGAAAUGGACUUUUCUCGGAUGGUGGAGCGCCUCCUAAAGCUGGCUGUUCCUAACCAUUUGAUAUGGUUAAUAUUCUUCUAUUGGUUUUUCCACUCUUCUAUGAAUUUUGUGGCAGAGCUGCUUCAGUUUGGAGACAGGGAGUUCUACAGAGACUGGUGGAACUCUGAGACUGUCACAUAUUUCUGGGCCAACUGGAACAUCCCAGUCCACAAGUGGUGCCUGAGACACUUCUAUAAGCCAAUGUUGAAGAGAGGGACCAACAAAUUUCUGGCUCAAACCGCAGUCUUCCUGGUAUCUGCAUUCUUCCACGAGUACCUGGUGAGCGUUCCUCUGAAGAUGUUCAGACUGUGGGCCUUUAUGGGAAUGAUGGCUCAGGUUCCUCUGGCUUGGUUUGUGGGUCGGUUCCUGAAUGGAAACUAUGGCAACGCAGCAGUGUGGAUAUCACUCAUCAUCGGCCAGCCUGUCGCUGUGUUGAUGUACGUCCAUGACUACUAUGUCAUUCAUUACGGGGAAGCUACAUAACACCAGACAAACACAGCCGCACUCUGCUCACACACACACACACACACACACACACACACACCAGCCUGCAGGAAGCCUCAAUGAGAGAAUGCAGAGUUUUAAGGUGAUUUUAGUAGAAUGUUCUGCUAAUAUGUACAUGUUUGUAAACGGCAGGGAAAGAGUUUUUGACUUGAUUUUGCACUAGAGAGAAUUAUAGCAGUCUUGCCAGCAAAUUAUUUUCACAAUGUAAGAAGAGAUUUUUUUAAAGUACAUCUUUGUUGGCAGCCUCAACAGUUCCAACAGGCUCUUGAUAUCUUUAAGGGUUUGAACGUU